UAAAAAAGAGUAUUUAUCCGUUAAAAUAAGUCACAAACUGACAAGAUGAUGUAAAACUCUAGUAAACCCAUCAAUAAUCAAUGUUGAUCGUUAAUAGGAAAAUAUAGGACCCACUUUAUCCAUGAAAAUACCACGUGGCAGAUUUUGAUUGCAGAAAAGAAUCUUCUCUUGGAAUUGCAAUCUAUCUUUCCCACAAAAAUCUGUAACAGAAGAACAACACCACCACAUACUCUCUCUCUCACACACACAUUUCUCACUCACUCUAAAAAAAUACAGAAACAGAAGAAAAAAUGGCAUCAACCUUUGCCACCGCUUCAACCGUAGUGGGUCUUGGCUCUUCUUCCCUCUCUUCUCCCAAAACCAAGACAACAACCCUCUCUUCAGGGUUUUUGAAGUCUAGCGUCAGCGUAAGGAACCCGUUGAAGCAAGCACGCGCUUCGGGUGGGAGGUUUACCUGCUUUGAGAGAGAUUGGUUGCGAAGGGAUUUUAAUGUGAUUGGAUUUGGAUUGAUCGGAUGGCUAGCACCGUCCAGCAUCCCAGUAAUCGACGGCAAGAGUUUAACGGGCCUUUUCUUUGAUAGCAUUGGUGCUGAGCUGGCCCACUUCCCCACUCCUCCUGCUCUUACCUCCCAAUUCUGGUUGUGGCUGGUGACGUGGCAUUUGGGUCUGUUUAUCGUCCUCACAUUUGGGCAAAUUGGAUUCAAAGGAAGGACUGAUCAGUACUUUUGAAUCUGACCCAAUCUUCGUUUAAAUAAUGUAUAAUAUCGUUCUCUUUCUAAAACUUCUUUCCCUGUUUAUUCUCUAUUUUAUUGCUUAAAGUGUUAAUUAGCUACCUUUCUACAUCUCUCUCGUUUUUGUUAUUGUGUUUAUUAAUUAACUCUUCUUUGUAACUUCUUAUUGUGUCAAUUAUAUGGGCGACCCACUUGAUGAACACAAAAAACUAAUUAGUCUACGAAAUAAGAAUGAAUAAUAAUGUAUAUAUAAUAAAAUGAAACAUUAGUCUCAGUAUGACUAUAAGAAAUCAAC